CCGAUCUUUGUGGAUGAAGCAGUUACCCUACUCGUUCGUUCACUCGAAAGCAACCGGCUGGGGUGUUCGAGUGUUAGGAUCCUAGUCUUUGUUGGCGUUGAUGUAAAGCGUGGUAAGAUAUCAAGUGACCGGCAAGACACAGAAAAUAUUUUGCUAUAAUGUCAGGAGUGGACUCAUUUAUGGAUAUGGAAGACAAUCCUCCCAUCAAUACUUCAAUUCCUUUGUCACCAGGUGCUGAAAAUACUAAGGAUAUGAUCUUGGAUUUUGACCCUUUGAGUUUUAACUUCAAUGAAACCACAUCAAAAUCAUCAAUUACUGAAUCUGAACAUAGUCAAACAUUAGAAGCUUCGCAAGAAACUUCAAGUUUGGUUGAUCUAGACAUGUUUGACCCACUGUCUUCAGAACCUGACCAGUUUUCACCAAAAGAGGUACACAGAAAAGAUUUGGAUAUUUCCAGCAAAAAGGAGACAAACAUUAAAUCCUCUUAUGUAGAUGAGCUGAUUUCUCAUCAGGAGUUUACGAGUUUUGAUAGUUCCAUCGCCCCCAAUCCAUUGGAAAUUUCCGAAAGUUGCCAACAACCCAAAGACAAAAGACCAGAGCAGUUGUCUUCAAACACAACAGAAACUAAUGUUUUCACAGAUUUAGAUAGUUCUGAGAUGACCACAGUAUUUCAGCUUCAACAAACUUCUUCCAAAAUGGUUGUGGAAGAAGAAUUUGACUCCCAGAGAGAGAUGGAACUUCCACAAGUAAGUGGUAACAGAGACCAGAAAGUUUCUACUGUCAAAGACUGUGCUGUAAACCCAGGGGUGUUGCUGGCAAUUAAAAACAUUUUAGGCUUUGACCCUGAAGCAGCAGCUAUUAUUCAAAAUAAUUAA